AGGGACAUACCACAUUGUGGGGAGUGGCGCCUCAUCAAGACAUAACCAGAAGGAAAAGAUACUCUUGCUUCCAGGAUUAUACCUAAAUCGGGAUACCUGAAAUUACCAACUUUUAUCUCAUUCAGGAAGUCAACCAACAAGAAACUGGAGCGCAGGGAUAAUACGUGGUUCAGGCUCCUGGUUUCGAAGCAAUCCACUCCCCACGCGGGCACUAUGAACGAAGAGGAGCAGUUUGUAAACAUUGACUUGAAUGAUGACAACAUUUGCAGUGUUUGUAAACUGGGAACAGACAAAGACACGCUGUCCUUCUGCCACAUUUGCUUUGAGCUAAAUCUCGAGGGGGUGCCCAAGUCUAAUCUUUUACACACCAAGUCGCUGAGAGGCCAUAAAGACUGCUUUGAAAAGUACCACUUAAUUGCAAACCAGGACUGCUCUCGCUCCAAGCUGUCCAAAAGUACAUACGAAGGAGUUAAAACCAUCCUGAGUAAGAAGAUAAACUGGAUUGUGCAGUAUGCCCAAAAUAAAAAUAUGGAUUUGGAUUCCGAGUGUUCCAAAACUUCCCAGCAUCACCUGUUCAAUUUCAGGCAUAAGCCAGAGACGAAAUUACUCCCACAGUUUGACUCUCAGGUGCCGAAGUACUCAGCAAAGGGGUUAGCCGGAAAUGCAGGCGGCAUCGCAAGCUAUACACAAAGAAUCCUGGAGCACGGGGAAGAGACGGACUUCAGGCUGGGCAUUUUGGAAGAUGCGGAUUCAUUGUGGACUCACAGUCGCAACCAGACACAGAAAACAGAAGAGACAAGCUCUGGUCCAGAGGGGAAUGUCCAGACCCAGAAUCCACAUUACAGCCGAGAAGAUCUGAAUUCGAUGACUCUCGCUGAAGUAGUGCAACUGAGUACAAAGCUCCAACAGCAAAUCCAGGAAGUGUUUGAAGAGUUAACCCACCAGGUGCAAGAAAAAGACUCUCUGGCGUCGGAACUCCACGUCCGUCACGUGGCCAUCGAACAGCUCCUCAAGAACUGCUCCAAGUUACCGUGCCUCCAAGUGGGGCGGACGGGACCGCGGUCACACCUGCCCAUGAACCACUGAACCGAACAGAGCGGCCGGGCUCCAUCCUCCGUGGCUCUGCUAAGCACAUGUACCUAGAAAACAUUGGAAGAAAGUUAGGGUCCAUUUUUACGGCUGUUGUACUUGCAAAACGUAAGAUAAUAUUCAUUAUCUUUAUCUAAUAAAGCAGAUCGCUCUAGUCCAGGGUUAAUCAUUUGACUUCGUUUGGGGACUUUCUCUUAGAAUUACUAAAUGCCCCUCCCUCACUUUGACCAUAUGACUACUUAAAUAUGCUAUUACAGUGUUUUUUUAUUGACCAGUUUUUAUUGUAACUCAGCUGUCAAAACAAUGGAAGCCUACUAAGGUCUUAAUGUUAGCCUAAAACUACUAGAGAGAAUUUUUAAGAGGGAAAUAGGAUUCGUAAUAUCACCUUAUUUAUGAGCAAUAUUUUAAUAUAAAUUUUUAUAUAUAAAAUUGCUAUUUUGGGUAUUUUUCAUUGUCUUUAUAAAUCUGUAUUUGAAUGGCCAUGUGUAUUUGCACUUUGUUGUGUGAAUAUGUUCACCUCUGUGGAGAUUGCUGCAUUUUGGCGAUACAGUGUUUUUAUAACUUAAUCUUUCUUUCCAAAGAUAAAUGUGUUUUGGAUACUAUUUGGAGAAGCAGCAGUCUGCCUAGUUGGGCUGUUUUAACUACUAGCAGCAUACGAAAGUGGAAUUAAUCGCUCUUUAAAGCAAACAUCCAAGUAAAUAAAGCACAUUAUUGUCGUCUAAUGAGAGCAAUGGUGAAUUAGCUUAGGAAGAAAACACCGUUUUGGUUUGUAUGUGUCCGCCUCCGUAAAACUAGAAGGAAGCCCCACCCUACUUCUUCAUUCUCAAGACUUUUGUGAUGUGUUAGUUUUGGACAAAGUAGGUCAGCUAUCUUCAAACUGUACUGGUCCUCCUUUGGGGGGAAAAAUAAAAUUAUUAUGUGUGCCACUUCA